UCCAUGUUAACAGUCUUUCUUUGGCCCUCCCCACCUGAAGUUUCAGAUUCCUUCGUCCUAACCCACCCUCGGAUCCACCUAAAGCAUCUCCCAAAUCACCUUGAGAGAAAGAAAAAGCACACUCAUCACUAAAAAAAAAACAAAAAUUUUCACAGAAUUACGGACCUUUUUUUCUUUAUUUUUCUUGUUUGUUGAUCAUGCACUUCCCAGAUUCCCAGCUCGUUCUUGAAGCAUAAAGCUGUGGUCUUGCUUCGACAAAUCACAGAAAGUAAAGACACGGAAAGCGGGAAGCACUUGGGUUAUUUUAGUUGUUUUUUCGAGUAUGCAUAGAUCUGGAGCUGCAAUGGCAUGGAACGUGUUUCGGUUCUGUACGGCACUGCGAGGCCUGGGCUCGAUCAUGAUCUUUUUGGUUCUUGGGUCCGUGGGCGAGACCUACUACGUUGUCGUUUUGACUAAUUAUGGCCCGGCUUUGUACGAUGGUGGCCUCGACACUCUCAUUGCUCUUGCCAUUUUGAUCUUGUUCCACUGCUUGUUGGUGAUGCUACUGUGGAGUUACUUUUCCGUUGUUUUGACCGACCCGGGAAGUAUACCUCCAAAUUGGAAACCUGUUAUCGAUGAGGAGAGAGGGGAAGCCGACCCGCUGAAUGGAUCAGAAUUGAGUAACUUACCUGCAGAUCCCGUGAAUCAUAGAAUCCGAUUCUGUCGGAAGUGCAACCAGUUGAAACCAUCUCGAUGCCAUCAUUGCUCUGUUUGUGGGCGAUGUGUGUUGAAGAUGGACCAUCACUGUGUGUGGGUUGUUAAUUGUGUUGGGGCAUUAAAUUACAAGUAUUUCCUUCUUUUCUUGUUCUACACAUUUCUCGAGACAAGUCUUGUAACAUUGUCAUUACUUCCAUAUUUAAGAGCUUUAUUCCGUGGUGGAGAAAUACCUGGAACUCCUAGCACCCUUGCAACCACUUUUCUUGCCUUCGUCCUGAAUCUUGCUUUUGCAUUGAGUGUUAUGAUGUUUCUACUAAUGCACAUACGGUUGGUGGCCGCCAACACCACAACAAUUGAGGCAUUUGAGAAGAAAACCUCUUCCAAAUGGCGCUAUGACCUUGGUCAGAAGAAAAAUUUUGAACAGGUCUUUGGGAUGGACAAGCAAUACUGGUUUAUCCCUGCUUAUUCAGAUGAAGAUAUACGACGGAUGCUAGUACUGCAGGGGCUUGAAUACCCAUCAAAGCCUAACUUUGAUUUGCAAGUAAUCCACAAUUAAUCCCUGUAAGAGAAUAGAGAUGGAGCUUCCGAAACUGUUUCCUAACAUCAUGAUUGACAGAAAAGCUUACAAGUAACUGGGCUCCUAACACAUUCAUUCACUAAGCCGGGCAUCUUCUUAUGGUCAUAACAGUAGGGAGUUGAGAGAGAGGGUAGGAGAAGGGCAGCAAGGUUUUCAUGCAGUGUGCUACGCUUAUUACUUAUAUAGGCAUGUAGCUCUGGCUUUGUUGUAUUAUUGAUCAGAAAUAUAGAAUCAAUCUCAGGGCCUUUAGCUGAUGAUAGAGAUUAUCAAUCAAGUGUAUUGUUUUUAUACAUUCACUCACGAUA